CAGAUUAGUUUUAAAAUGAUUGUUGAAUUACAGAUAAAGAAACUACAGAUUGGUGUUAAAAUGAUUGUUGAAUUACAGAUAAAGAAACUACAGAUUGAUGUUAAAAUGAAUAUUGAAUUACAGAUAAAGAAACUACAGAUUGGUGUUAAAAUGAAUUUUGAAUUACAGAUAAAGAAACUACAGACUGGUAUUAAAAUGAAUGUUGAAUUACAGAUAAAGAAACUACAGAUUGGUGUUAACAUGAAUAUUGAAUUAAAGAUAAAGAAACUACAGAUUGGUAUUAAAAUGAAUAUUGAAUUACAGAUAAAGAAACUACAGAUUGGUGUUAAAAUGAAUAUUGAAUUACAGAUAAAGAAACUACAGAUUGGUAUUAAAAUGAAUGUUGAAUUACAGAUAAAGAAACUACAGAUUGGUAUUAAAAUGAAUAUUGAAUUACAGAUAAAGAAUGUCAGAAAGAUGAGUAUGGACGGAGUUUUGAAGGACUUCUUACAAACUACGAGCUCUAGGCUACCGUUCACAUCACCAAUAGAGAAGAGGUUGUUGGGAUGGAAGAAAGGAGAAUUCAAAACAGAACAGGAGGAGAAGUGGUGUGAAAAGGCGGUUAAAAGUUUGGUGAAGAAACUUAGAAAGAGCAAUGGACUUGAGAAGGAACUGGAAAGAACGAUAAGUACAGCUGAUCAGAGUUCUAAGGAAGUUGGAACAAAGAAGGGAUUACCUCACGUUAUAUACUGUCGACUGUGGAGAUAUCCAGACCUUGGUUCACAUCAUGAACUUAAACCUGUGGAUCAUUGUACAUAUGCCUUCCAUCUCAGGAGGGAGCAGGUUUGCGUGAACCCGUAUCACUAUAAUAGAGUGGACACCCCCUCCCUGCCUCCCAUCAUGGUCCCUAAGAAUCAUCACAGCGAUAUUCCUACAACCCUACCUGAGGUUCCCAGUCUGGAUAAAUUAAGCAACUGCUUAAAUAACCUGACAGGGGGAACCCCUGCCACACCCUCCACAUCCUCCGGAUACCUCACAGAAGACUCAAACGGGAACGCCUCUCCGCAAAGUCAACGGAUGGUGGAGGACUUACAUCUUGGAGCUAACCCUGUUCCCUCCCUGUCCUCCCCGUGCUCCCUGCCAUCCGUCUCAUCACCUGGUAGUCUACCCUCUCCAGGUAGUCUUGUCCCAGGUCUGGAGCUUGAACCUGUGAUGUAUUGUGAACCAACCUUCUGGUGUUCUAUUUCCUACUACGAGAUGAAUAACAGGGUGGGAGAGAACUAUCACGCAUCCCAGGACAGUGUUACAGUCGAUGGAUUUACAGACCCAAGUUCUAGUGACAGGUUUUGUCUGGGUCUGUUGUCCAACGUGAACAGGAACAACGUGGUGGAGCAGACCAGGAAGAAUAUCGGACGAGGAGUUCGUCUCUACUAUAUAGGAGGAGAGGUGUUUGCUGAAUGUUUAUCUGAAUCUGCUCUAUUUGUCCAAUCUCCAAACUGCAACCAACAGUAUGGUUGGCAUCCGGCAACAGUCUGCAAAAUUCCUCCAGGAUGUAACCUGAAGAUAUUUAACAACCAGCAGUUUGCGACUCUUCUCUCCCAGUCCGUGAACCAGGGGUUCGAGGCUGUCUAUGCCUUGGCUAGGAUGUGUUCAAUUAGGAUAUCCUUUGUGAAGGGUUGGGGUGAGGAGUAUAGGCGGAAGACGGUGACCUCAACGCCGUGUUGGAUCGAAUUGCAUCUGAACGGUCCCCUCCAAUGGUUGGAUAAGGUCCUGCAACAAAUGGGUUCACCGGCUCUUAAGUGUAGUUCUAACAGCUGAACAUACAAUCAGUUACAGGUGUAGCUAAAGACACAGUUACAGCUCCAGCUACAGCUCCAGCUACAGCUACAGCUACAGCUCCAGCUACAGCUACAGUUACAGCUCCAGCUACAGCUAUAGCUACAGACAGUUAUAGUUGUAGCGGAAUAGCGUUCAGUUAUAGCUUAAGAAGAAGAUUUAAGCAGCAUUGAGAAUAUAUUGCACAAUGAUGAUUGUUUAAAAUUAAGAAAAGAAAAAGAAUGUAUAUUAAAUGACUUUUUUCACUUUCCCUUUUUACUGUUUAUUUUCAUGCUUUGAAUAAGCCCCUCUUUUUUUACAGUUAACGUUUAAUUAAUAAUAUCUUAAUAAUAUUUUCCUGUUUAUUUUAAAUUUGUAAUUAAGUUUCUCUCUUUCUUUCCUCCAGAAUGAAACUGGUAUAUUAUUUAUUACGAAUUGAUCAAAAAAAAAUUCUUUGUCAUGUAAAUAUUACUUGAAUGGGCUAAAACAAAAUUAUUAAAGCAUAAAACUUGAAAGGAAAAAUGGGGAACAUAGUGAUGUUCUAAAAUUUCCGUACACUAUAAGAUUUCCAAUGAAACUGCUGAUUGAAAUUUAAAAACUGUAUAUUGAACUUUUCCGCUUGCUGAUUUUUUUUACUUAUUUUGCUUACUUAAUUCCAAGCGAUAAGAUGCCUUUAAAGAUCAUGUUUUAGCGUCAUAAACAGAUAGAAUGAUUCAAAUUUAUUUAAAUUUGUUACUGUAGCAAACAUUUUUUUAUCAGAAAUAUAAACUGUUUUUUUAUGUAUUAAAUCAUUGAACACAUAUUAAAAACCAACACUUUGUACAAUUUAUGUAAAAUGAUGACUGAAAAAACCUUGUCUUUUUAACAUUUUAUCAAAAAUUUGUAUGUGUAAAUAUGAAAGCUUACACUAGUAUUCUAUGAUUGUUGUUUUUAAACAUUGAUAAGAUGGAAGUUUCUAGAACCUCAUGGUUCUUUAUAUUAUUUGCCUCCAUUAUAAAAAAUCGUAAUUUUUUAUGUAAAAAAUCAAUGUAAGUUUAAAAUUUAAAAGAAUUUUAUUGUGAAUGUAUUACCUCACCUAGUGUUAAGGAUUGCUUAAAGGAAUUGUUCACCUAUUUAAAAAUCCAUUGUAAAAUCUUACCACUUUGCUGAAGCGUAUAGAGGGGGGUUGACCUCCCCCUGGAAUGUCUUUAAAAACAUUGGGUUGCAGAUAUAUAGAAACUACAACAUCAAAUUUUGUGGCAAAUACUCAAUUCCUUCACGCAAAACCUGGUUUCACUGGCCCCCAAAAAAAACGCCAUUUAUAUCUAUUAUCCAUUAACCAGGAUAAAAAUGGCUAAAAUUGAGGUCUUCUGCCCAACUUUGUAUACAAUGGACAGCGAUUUUAUCAAUACAAUGAAGACGACUUUUGAUUUCAAUUUUGAUUUAAAUCAAACUUUUAAAUAGCAUGAAUAUACAUAAACAUUAAAAAUAGAAGUCAAUAAAAAAGCCUCUUUUUGAUUACUUGUAAACUUGUAAUUGUAAAAAAAGCUUGUUAACAAUCGAAACUUAAACAAAAAAAUCGUCUUCCUUGUACUGUAGGUGAAUAAUUCCUUUAAUUGUAAAGAUAUUAAAUGAAUUUUUAAUCUGGGUGUAUACUGUAUAGGUCGCACUUUGUUCACAUUUGUGUAAUAUUGGUUUUUUUUUUCAUCAGGAAAAUUCAAAGUGUACGAGCAUGAUUCUAAAUAAAGUUUGUCUCAA